AUGUCUAUUUUCGUAAAUUUCAAUAAGCCAACUGGAGCUCUAUUACUUCAAACAAUAAACAGAACACGAAUACCGCAAGCAUUCACAGCCGUACUCCAUUCCAAAAACCUUGAAUUACUUGCAGUGCUCACUAAAACAGCAACCGCAAGUGCUAAUAAUAUAAAAAAGAAUAUUGCGCUGGAAGAACACUCUAAAAGAUACAUUCAUCUUCACCAACAUCAGUCUUUACCGAGACAUUUUUACACUUCAACUAUACCGCAUUUGCCAGAGUUCUCUACACAAAAAAGACACUGUUGGAAAUGCGACUCGGAAAUUGACUAUAGUUCCUUGUACUGUAAUAGAGAUGGGUGUGGUGUUGUUCAACCGGGGUUACCGAAUGAUGUCACGUAUUUUGACCUGUUUGGUAUGGGUGUGUCCGGGCUAGGGGACAAAAGGAGAUUUUCGUAUGAUAUUGAUUUAUCGCAGUUACGACGUAAUUUCCUGUCAUUUCAACAACGCAUGCAUCCAGACAGUUACUCGCGAAAAGGUCAACAAGAAUACGCGUACGCCCAUACUCAAUCCUCAACAAUCAAUGAAGCUUAUCAAGUAUUACGUGACCCACUUGCCAGAGCCCAAUACAUGCUUCGAUUGAACGGUAUCCUAGUGACCGAAUCAGAAUCGAUCGAAGAUCCAGAAUUAUUGAUGCAAGUGAUGGAAGCGCGUGAACGGCUUGAAGAGGCAACUAGUGAAGAAGAAGUAAAGAUCAUAACAGAGGAGAACGAAGAAAUAUCACAAGCUUUCCAAAACAAUGAUUUGGAUACUGCCAAAGAGUUAACUAUCAGGCUACAGUAUUGGUGUAACAUUAGAAAUGCGGCUGUGGAUUGGGCGCCUGGAAAGCGCGUAGAACUUUUACAUUAG